AUUAGUGUUCCCUGCCCCUCAUUACUGUCCCCUGCCCCUCAUUAGUGUCCCCUGCCCCUCAUUAGUGUCCCCUGCCCCUCAUUAGUGUCCCCUGCCCCUCAUUAGUGUCCCCUGCCCCUCAUUAGUGUCCCCUGCCCCUCAUUACUGUCCCCUGCCCCUCAUUACUGUCCCCUGCCCCUCAUUAGUGUCCCCUGCCCCUCAUUAGUGUCCCCUGCCCCUCAUUAGUGUCCCCUGCCCCUCAUUAGUGUCCCCUGCCCCUCAUUAGUGUCCCCUGCCCCUCAUUCGUGUCCCCUAGUUCUGUCUCUAUCCAGCGCUGUAUCUGCUUUUCACUGGCAGGGAACCUCCAUCUGUGAGUGACACCCCUUCUCUCUGCCAAUAUUGAAGAAUACACCUAGUGCCUCUGUAACCAGUACAUUCCCUUUUACCUGUUCUAUUACCCACCCCACAGCGAGCAGCAUUUCCCUUUGAGCCCGAGGCAUCAUUCUUUGCUGUUACUGAUACCACCCUCCCCCUGUACCUGUAUUUGUUGAUAUUAAGACAUCUGUCUGUAUCACUUCUCAUUCCCUUUCUUUUCUCACCUGUACAAGCUCUUCUCUAGUCUUUAUUGUAUUCCUCCCGUGUCCCUUCUCUCCUUAACUUUUGAGCUCCACGUCCCACCCCAGGAAUUGCUCCAGUUAGGUCUAAACAUACCUGGAGCUCCUGGGGCUGCAGGGAUGUCAUUGUAUCCCAUAAUACGGGCGACAGCAGCACCCCCCACCCCAUCCUCCUCCUCAUCAUCUGCCACCCAAGACCGCAGGAGGAGGAGACUCCGUAGGUGAGAGAUGGAAGAUGAUGGCAAGAAAGGUAAAAAGCAGCCUGGAAUCGUGUCGCCGUUCAAGCGCGUUUUCCUGAAAGGCGAGAAGGGGCGGGACAAGAAAGCGCAAGAGAAGGUGACGGAGCGGAGGCCGCUACAUACGGUGUCUGUGUCGCAGGCUGAUCACCGCGUGGAGCCCGACGUGCUCUUGAACGACUACAUUGAGAAGGAAGUAAAGUAUUUAGGGCAGCUGACGUCAGUUCCGGGGUACCUCAAUCCCUCCAGUCGCACAGAGAUCCUGCAGCUGUUGGACAAUGCAAAGAGGCUGCAUCAGCUUCCAGCACAGCUGAGCCCAGAGCAUGAUGCCUUGAUCAGUGUCUCCGCCUACAACAUCAAGGUGCUAUGGAGAGACGGAGAGGACAUUAUUCUCAGGGUUCCAAUACACGACAUUGCCGCCGUCACUUACAUACGGGACGAUUGCCUGCACUUGGUGCUCCUGAAAACAGCUCAGGAGCCGGGGGUAUCUCCCAGCCAAAGCCUCUCUGCGGAAAGCGCCAAAGGAUUGACGUCGGGGUCCCUGUCUGAGUGCGGGACAGUACCCGUGGAUGCCUGCUGCCUGCUUAUCUUGGCUACGGAGAACAAGGCAGCUGCUGAGGAGUUAUGUUUACUGCUGAGCCAAGUAUUCCAGAUCGUUUACACAGAAUCCACCAUCGAUUUUCUGGACAGAGCGAUAUUCGAUGGGGCCUCAACUCCCACACGUCACAUGUCCUUACACAGCGAUGACUCUUCCACCAAAGUGGAUGCGAAGGAAGCGUAUGAGCUGGAGGCCAGCACCUUUUCUUUCCCCGAGUCUGUGGAUGGCGAUGGUAAUUCCCCAACUUCUCUCUCCAAUCUCCAUUCCCCUAACAAGACGGCGAGUGAGAGUGAGCUGAGUGCUACGGCUGCAGAGCUGCUGCAGGACUACAUGAUGACUCUCAGGACUAAACUCUCGUCGCAGGAAAUCCAGCAGUUUGCAAUGCUGCUUCACGAGUAUCGCAACGGCUCCUCCAUUCACGAGUUCUGCAUUAACCUGCGGCAGCUGUAUGGGGACAGCAGGAAGUUUCUACUGCUAGGACUCCGCCCGUUCAUCCCAGAGAAGGACAGCCAACAUUUCGAGAACUUCCUAGAAACCAUAGGGGUAAAAGAUGGGCGCGGUAUCAUCACCGACAGCUUUGGGCGGUACAGAAGGACAAUGAGCUCCACUUCCCAUUCCACGACCAAUGGAAACGGUGCAGCCGGGGGCUCUGACGAGCAGUCGGGGCCCUCAGAAGGGGAUGAGUGGGACCGGAUGAUCUCCGACAUCAGUAAUGACAUUGAAGCCCUCGGCUGCUGCAUGGACCAAGACCCUUCUCAAGGGGGCGCUGGAAACUAUUCCUAAUUCGCCGGCUGAUAUAGAACCAGUCACUUUUCCUCACCAGCAUUAAGAACCAAAAAACAAAGAUGGCGGCUGUGUUGCCACAAUCUUCUAUUUUUUCUUACGUUCCCCAUGUACAGACAAGAUUGUAUCCUCAGCACUGGCACCAUUAUACUCGCCCAAGUUUUGGUUGGGCCAAAGGUCAAAGCCAGACGUCCCGGAGCAGGAACUAAAUUGCACCCCCCCGGGAAACAAUUCCUACAUCAGUGGAGGGAUCCGUACAAUCUCUGGACUUUGUACAUCCGCUGAGACUUACACUCGGACGAUAAUGUUUUUAUGCGUCAGUACAAGUCAACGUUUACCGCAAUGUGAAAAACAGGAACCCGCGAGCAGCUGAAAAGCGUUUUGUUUGUGUGUGAAAAGGACGAGGUGAUCAUUCUGAUUUUUGCUUCCUUUCAAUUAAAGGAUAAGUAAACCUUUAAAAUAAGUGAUUGUAAAAUUAACGAGGAAGUUAUUCUAAGCACUUUUGUAAUUUACAUUCAUUAUUUUAUUUUUUUUAAUUCCAAGAUAUUAAGGGAUAGAU